AUGAAGUUACUAAUAUUAUUGUCAAUAAUAUCAGGCGACAAUUGUUAUGACGCGAAAGCACACAACAAUUCGUCUACAUUUGAUUAUUUCAUUUUCACUAUAAUCUAUCCCACAUCUGCUUACUCAGCCGCUGGGCCUGACUGUGAGGUGCCUAAGCAAGCCAGUCUGUGGGUAAUUCAUGGCCUCUGGUUAGUUGAUAACUCGUAUCCUCAGUACUGCGAUAGAGAAAAAAAAUUUGACAUUAAGAAGGUUGAGUGCAUCAAAGCUCAGCUGGAAAUAUCCUGGCCUAAUCUAUUUACUCACAAGUCCGUGUCGUCGUUAUGGGAGCACGAAUGGGAAAAACACGGUACGUGUGCUGUUAGUGUUGAUCGAGUUAAUGAAGAAGUAAAAUAUUUCAAUGAAUCGUUGAAAUUGCUUCAAACACUUGAUAUUGCUGCGUUGGUUGCUUCAGUUUACUCUCUACUUCAUUCAGAUCCUUUUUCUACAUCAAUAUUUUCAGUUAACAUUCUAUGUUUUACUAGUCUUCUAUUUGAUAUAUCAUCAACCAGCAAUAAAUGGUAUUUGGGAGAUGUACGCUUUUGCUUUACUAAAACGUUCAGUCUUAUGGAUUGCGGAAAGCAGCAUAGAUCUUCAGAUUCCAACGAUCCAUCCUCAUUCUCAUCGUAUGAAACUUGUCCAGCAGCGUCCAUAAUGUACUUACCAAUGCAACAAUCUUCAUCUAAUUUGCUGCACAGCUAUUCUGCUUUAUCGCUAAUCAGUACUACGCUUCUUCUCGUUGUUACUUCACAUCUGAAUGAUCUAGUCUUCCCACCGUUUAAUACCUUUCAGCUUUGCUACUUUUUCUAG